GAUUUUCUGAUGAUAAUUGCAAACAGCCGGGUUCUAGUGGUGUUAUUGGAUAUUAUACAUGCCUGCGUUUGGAAUGCUGCACCAGAAAGGGAAAACCAAAACAAGAGACAAAGAUUAGUUUUGUAGAUGAGAAAUAUCAAGAAUAACUACUUUUGCAUAUAGUUAAAGACAGUUCAUCAUUAUAUGUGUGGAGAUGUUUGGGUGGACUGAUGCGUGAUGAUGGAGACAUGUUUUGGGUGUAAUUGCCCAGAAGCUUUAUGCAGAGGGAGUCCUUUGAUGGUUGAAGCUAAAGCUAUGAGCUGAACAUUGAAAUGGGAAGGCGAGAUAUAUGGGUUUUAGGUUUAGGAGGAUGAAAGUGGAGUCGGAUAAUGUCCAAGUGGUUUCAGCUCUCCGAAGUAAAAGCCAUGGGUGCCUGCAGGAGAGAGAAGCAAACAGGUGUGCUGAUGCUGUUGCUCGUUAUGCGGAGAUGAUAGAAGGGGAACAGAUUUGGUUGGAUGACCUACCAGUCUGUUUGCAUAGGUUUUUAGGUUCUGGAAUUCCUGUGUAGCUCUUAAGAUAUCGUAUAUCAUAUAUGUACGUUGCUGACCUUGAAUGUAUGAUCAUUAUAUUUGGCAAUAAUAAUAUUUAGUUGAC